AUGAAUUAACGAUAAGAAAUAAGUGCCAAAGAAAAUAGUGCAGAUUUUUCAACUACUUUAUAAGAGUGUAGAAAUGGUAAUGCAGCUGAUCAUUAACUAUCAAAAAAAGAAUAAUUUUCACUUAAUUGCACUAAACAUUAAGACAUUAUGAUAUAUAAAAAGAGAUAUCAAAUUGGUGAUAGUGUAUUAAUAAAGACAACUAAUCAAAUAGAAUAGAUUGGUUUAAUUUAAAAUUUUUAUGGUUAUUAACAAGAUGAUAAAACAAUAGUUCCUUUAGUUGAAGUUUAAUGGUAAAUAUAAGUUGUUUGAUUCUAGGUAUUGUACUUAUUAAGAUCUUGCAGACUCAAUUGAUAAAGACUCUUUUUCUGAAUGUGAAUUAUUCUUAACUGAGUAAACUACAAUCCUAUUUAUUGAUUGUAUAUAGUCAAAGUGCUUUGUAAUGAAUAUUGAUGAAUUUGAAAACACUGGAACUUCAAAUGCCUAUUUUACUAGAGCCAAAUACAAUACUAUAACUAAAUAAUUGGAACCACCUAUUACAUAAUGGAAAAAGGUAUGUAUUUGUGAAUAACCUUAAAAUCCUGUAAAAAAUUAUAUUUUUAAUAUAAGGAUUUAUUGUAUAUUCAAUGUGAUUAAUGUAAUAAAUGGUUUCAUUUAUCAUGUAUGGGAUUAACAUAGGAAUAAGCUAAUUAAAUGGAAUAAUAUAGUUGUAAAAUAUGUAAAAAAUGA